GACCGCUGACAGGGCCCGGGGCGUCGUGGUGGUCAGGCUAGAGGUCGCCCUCGCCGCCACGAACUCUACAUCUCUCGGGUGCUUGGGCGUUCACUGCCGCGCAGAAAUUCUCAUACAGUCGUCGAGAUGCUUCACUGACAUUGCAGUCUAUCUGCGAUUCGAGUCGUUCGACUCGGACCGAGCGUCCUCGGAGUUCGCUCUGACUCGUCCAGACCCGAUAGCGCUUGGCCUUAUGAUAGACGCGCAGACGCUGCGGUACCGUCAAAGUCUAAGGCACCGCAGUUCGCAGUCAUUGACGCGACAACUAGGCGCAGCCAAGCCUUAGCUAUGCUCGUUCGUACCCUUGCCCUAAACCCACGUUUCAGGGCGAUGGGCAAUAUCGGGUCCAGGGCUAUAUAGACUGGAAUGGAUGGACGGGAAAGUCCCACUCACAAUCAGUCGAAUCGCCCACUCGAGCAACAUUUCAGCACAAGCUACUACCGCUACUACACAGCCCACUAUCACCGUAAAGAUGCCAUUCUUCAGCCGCAAGUCUGACUUCUCCGCGUCUACCACUACGCUCACCUCCGUCACAUCGACGUCGAGCAGCUCGUCGGCUACCACGCUGAAGCCGUCGCGUCCCGAGAAGGACUACUUUACCGCGUCCGGCAUGCUCCAGAGCGCAUACGGUUUCGGCGGUGCCGCUCCAACUUUGCCUACGAUGCACAAGUCCUUCAAGUCGACCAAGUCAAAGUCGACUAGCGAGCAGAUAGCCGCUGCCACGACGAGCAACCGCGCUCAGGGCAAGGGGAAGGACUACGAGGCUGCAUACGGCGCUUUGAGCUCCACAUACGGCUUCGGUGGUGCUGCGUUCGCGCCCACUCCUUCGAAAUAAACGCCUUACCAAAGCCACAAGAACUCGUAAUUAGGCAAACGUUGCGGCCGCACUUGGUUAUACUCGGCUAUUCGCGACACAUACUGCGAUAGACACGCGUAUGUCAAUCGCUUUGGGGAAGCCGCCUUGCGCGGUUAGCUUGCGGUAUUACGCGCCCCCAGCCGCUGCGACUUAUCAGUGCAGCGGACACCGUUUCUACCCCGGAUGGAAGGAGUUAGGUGUUCGGAGAGUGCGAAAUGAAGCUGUAGAAGGUUUCCAUUUCACGAUAUGCGCUUCUUGAUUCUCAUCCACCAUCCUCACGGCCCCAGGUUUGCCUGCAUCCUUGGGCUAUCCCAGAUCCUCCCUCCCCAUGUCUGGGGCGGUGAUAACUACUCUUUCUCGUGCAUCUCCUUUCCGUUCUACGUUCACACUUUCCAUCCUAUUUCUCUUUCUAAAUAACGAGAGCGUUCGAAUAUCAAACAAAUUCUCA